UUUGAAUCUUCUUUACUUACACACAUACAUAGUAACAAUGUCAACUCAGAAUACUGAAGCAAUAAAUACCCUGAAGGGUAUGUUCCCUAGCGUAGAUCCCGAAGUAUGUGAAGCAGUAUUUGAAGCCAAUCAAGCAAAUUUAGAACAAAGUAUAAAUGCUCUUUUGAGUAUGUCUGACCCAAACUACAAGAGUGAAGAAAAUAUUCCAGCUCAAACCGAAUCUGGACCUAAUACUAGCGAACAAAUUAAACGUGAUGAAGAAUUAGCUAGAAGUUUAGCAGCCGAAGCAGAUAGUAAGUUUUUAUUUUUAAAAUAACUUUUUCAUAUAUCUAAAUUUUUGAUUUUUGAUUUUAGGACAAUUUUAUGCCGAAAAUCCUCAAUAUGAUGCACAACAACAACGACAGCAACAUGGACAGCAAUCACCGCCUCAACAGCAACAACAAUCUGCUUUCCCUGAUUUUUCAGAGGAACUUCCAAUAAUUAAAGAAAAAAUUGUUCAGGCUGUUGACAGUAAGUUAAAAAAUUUUAGCAACAAAAAAGAAAGCUAAAGAAUGGUACGAAA